AUGAAGGUCGUGGGUCUGCUUUCUGGCGGCAAAGACUCCUGCUACAACCUAUGUCACUGCGUCAAGAAUGGGCACGAGAUUGUCGCGCUGGCCACCCUCGCCCCGCCGCAAGGAACAGAUGAGCUCGACUCGUACAUGUACCAGACGGUCGGACACGAUGCAGUGCAUCUGGUGGCUGAGGCCAUGGGCCUGCCCCUGUACCGGCAUGUCAUUACGGGCACGGCUGUGAAUCAAGGCGCCCAAUACGGCAGUCGUAUGCCGUCCUUCUCCCAGGCCAAGCUUCCGUCCAUUGCAUCCAAUGCAAACGGCAAAGAAAAGGAAAAAGACGAGACCGAAGACCUAUACGAACUGCUGCUGAAAGUUAAGGCGCAACAUCCCGACGUCGAAGCUGUUAGCGUUGGCGCCAUCCUGAGCAACUAUCAGCGCGUGCGCGUCGAGCACGUCGCCCUGCUGCCAGACAUCAACCUUGUCCCUCUCACCUUUCUGUGGCAACGAAAUCAGGCAGAUCUGCUUGAUGAAAUGGUGCGAGCUGGCAUCGAUGCUGUCCUCAUCAAGGUCGCGGGAAUCGGCCUCGAUGAGCGCGAUCUCGGCAAGAGCCUGGCCCAGAUGAGGCCCAAGCUGCACAAACUCAAUAGCCUUUACGGCGCACACAUCUGUGGCGAAGGCGGAGAGUACGAGACGCUUACGCUCGACUCCCCACUCUUCAAGAAACGAAUACGCCUCCAAGAGGUGGAGACCAUCGUCCACGCCGAUGCCGCGUUUGCGUCCGUCUCGUACCUGCGUGUAAAGCAUGCGCAGCUGGUGGAAAAGGUACCUAGGUCCCUCGCUGCGCUGGAGGCGCCAGACAAUCUCGACGGACUGAGCGCGAUGCUUGGCGACAGCCUCUCAAAGGCGGCCGCAGCGGAUGCGGUCGGCCAAGUGGAUACACGGUCAGUGCACGCGCUCGGUAACCCUCUACCACAGAUUUCACUCUCAGAGAAUGGUUGGUUUGCCGCCGCCAACGUGUGCAGUAAUGGUCCAUGCGAUUCGCUUGAAGAUGAGGUCAAAGGUGCUUUUGCGAACCUCGAUUCGCUUCUGAAAGAGCGCGGCUGCCGCAUGGAAGACCUCGUACACGUAAACCUUUAUCUGCAGAGCCAGCAAGACUUUCAACGCGUCAACGCCGUCUACAAGCAGCAAUUCGGUGCUUCCCCUCCGACAAGAGCCUGUAUUGCAUUUGGCUCGGCAGCGUCUGCCAGAGUGACCUUAGAAGUGCUUGGCUGGCGCGGCGAUGCUCAAGAGGGCGAGGCAGCCGCUCGCCCGCAAGACUUGCGCAGAGCGCUCCACGUCCAGGGAAGGAGCUACUGGGCGCCAGCCAACAUUGGCCCUUAUUCUCAAGCUGUCGUGGCGGCUCAACGAAUCACAAUUGCGGGUCAGAUUGGCCUCCGCCCGGCUGACCUGUCCCUGCCGCCAGACGCAGACAUGCAGCUGCUGCUCUCGCUACAGCAUGCGAGGCUUAUCCUCCACGCAGUAUUAGAGCAGCGCGCAAUUUUGGCUCCGGGCGCUCACUGGGUCGAAGGCGGCAUCUGCUGGCUUGACGAGGGUGCGGACGGCCUGCACUUAGAUCAAAAGGCAAACGCUCUCUGGCAAUCGCAGGUUGCAAUCGAUGAGGUUACCGACAGAGUGCAAGAGAUGCCCGUGCAUCAGCGCUGGCACCUUGAGUGGCUUGGCAGCAAGGCACAUACACAGGGAGUGGCGCCGCCCAUCGCGUACGUCACGCUCCCGCCUGGCUCACUGCCCAGGGGCGCCUCGGUCGAAUGGCAGCUCACAGCGCACACAGGCGAAGCGACAGCAGCCGCAGACGAUGAUGCAGAGGAGAAUGCUGAGCCCGAAUACAGGCGUCUCGUCCGCGUGGAUUGCAUUAAGCGCGACGCGGAAAUGUUUCCAUCCACUAGCUCGGACAAUGCCACGCCCGAUUGGGAAAGCGUGUGCGAUCCCCAAAGCGCGGCGGCGAGUGGCAUUGUCUUCUUUCAACAAAAUGCCUGUGUGGACGCUGAUGGCGCGCCAUACGCCAGUGCCUUGUCCAUCAAAGUCCUAGCGUCGCCGUCAGCGACUCCCCAGCUCCUUGAACGAACACUCGCUUCGUGCCGCAUGCAAGCAGGCUCCGCUGUGCUCAGCGUGCUGCCCGUUCAGCGCAUCAUGCACCCUUCCGCCGAGGACCCAUCCCAACUCCACCAAGCUGCGGUUGCACUGCUCUGGUGGUCCUAG